AUGGCGGCCCUUCCCGGCACGGUCCCGAGGAUGAUGCGGCCGGCGCCCGGGCAGAACUAUCCGCGCACCGGCUUCCCUCUGGAAGUGUCCACCCCGCUUGGCCAAGGCCGGGUCAAUCAGCUUGGUGGGGUCUUCAUCAACGGCCGACCCCUGCCUAACCACAUCCGCCACAAGAUAGUGGAGAUGGCCCACCAUGGCAUUCGGCCCUGUGUCAUCUCCCGCCAGCUGCGUGUCUCUCACGGCUGCGUCUCCAAGAUUCUCUGUCGCUACCAGGAGACGGGGUCCAUCCGGCCUGGGGCCAUCGGCGGCAGCAAGCCCAGACAGGUGGCGACUCCCGAUGUGGAGAAAAGGAUCGAGGAGUACAAGAGGGAAAACCCCGGCAUGUUCAGUUGGGAGAUCCGAGACCGGCUGCUGAAGGACGGGCACUGUGACCGGAGCACCGUGCCCUCAGGUUUAGUGAGUUCGAUUAGCCGCGUGCUCAGAAUCAAGUUCGGGAAGAAAGAGGAGGACGACGAAGCAGACAAGAAGGAGGACGACGGCGAGAAGAAAGCCAAGCACAGCAUCGACGGCAUCCUGGGCGACAAAGGGAACCGGCUGGACGAGGGCUCGGACGUGGAGUCGGAGCCCGACCUCCCUCUGAAGCGCAAGCAGCGUCGCAGUCGGACCACGUUCACGGCCGAGCAGCUGGAGGAGCUGGAGAAGGCCUUCGAGAGGACUCACUACCCGGACAUCUACACCCGCGAGGAGCUGGCCCAGAGGACCAAGCUGACGGAGGCGCGCGUGCAGGUCUGGUUCAGUAACCGCCGUGCCCGUUGGCGUAAGCAGGCAGGAGCCAACCAGCUGGCAGCGUUCAACCACCUUCUGCCAGGGGGCUUCCCGCCCACCGGCAUGCCCACGCUGCCCCCCUACCAGCUGCCGGACUCCACCUACCCCACCCCCACCAUCUCCCAAGACGGGGGCAGCACUGUGCACCGGCCCCAGCCCCUCCCGCCGUCCACCAUGCACCAGGGGGGCCUGGCUGCGGCAGCCGCGGCCGCUGACACCAGCUCUGCCUACGGAGCCCGCCACAGCUUCUCCAGCUACUCCGACAGCUUCAUGAACCCGGCAGCGCCCUCCAACCACAUGAACCCCGUCAGCAACGGCCUGUCUCCUCAGGUGAUGAGCAUUCUGAGCAACCCCAGCGCCGUGCCACCGCAGCCGCAGGCCGACUUCUCCAUCUCCCCGCUGCACGGCGGCCUGGACGCGGCCACCUCCAUCUCGGCCAGCUGCAGCCAGCGGGCUGACUCCAUCAAGCCGGGAGACAGCCUGCCCACCACCCAGUCCUACUGCCCGCCCACCUACAGCACCACCGGCUACAGCGUGGACCCCGUGGCUGGCUACCAGUACGGCCAGUAUGGCCAGACUGCUGUUGAUUACCUGGCCAAAAACGUGAGCCUUUCCACACAGCGUCGCAUGAAGCUUGGGGAGCACUCUGCUGUGCUGGGACUCCUGCCUGUGGAAACUGGCCAGGCCUACUAA